AUGGCUGAAAAGAAUAUAUAUAAAAUACUUGCUCUUGCUUCUGCUUUUACAUUUACUUCUGCUUCUGUAGUUGUUAUUUAUUUUGGAAUGAAAUUGUAUUACGAAAAAAAAAAAAUGCCAAAUAAAUCCUAAAAGUUUUAAACUCUUAAAUACUUACUUGUUGGUCCACCAGGAGUUGGAAAAACUAAAUUAUUUAAAAGAAUAUCUAAUUUUUUUAAAUAAAAAUAGGUAAAUUAAGGAUUUGAAGAAUGUUAAAUAAGGCAUGAUAUUGAUUUAGUUUCUACACCUUCAUUUGAAUUUGAAAAUAUUAAUGAAAGAGAAAUCAUAAUUAAAUAAUUCUCCUAAUACAUGAUGAAAAAUCAUAUUAUACAUUUUUUCUUAUUAGUUAACUUUGAAAGAACAGAUUUAAUGAAGAAAAAAAUAUUAAAUGUUCUUAAAUAUUUCAAGAAAUUUAAAGAAAAAUUUACAGUUAUUGUUACUGAUUUUUAAUUAAGUGAUAAUUAAGAAGAAGAUAAAAAAAAUUUAAAAUAAGCACUCCAUGUUUAUCUCAAUUAGAAUUAAUCUAUUAUGUUUGUGGAAAAUGAUUUUAAUGUAGAAUAAUUUAGAGAUUAAUUGUUAGUAGAAGCAUAAGCAUUAAAUUUGACUGAUACAAUUUUUGAGCCCAUUAAUGAGAAUGAAUAACAAUUAUUAUUGUAAUAAUUUCAAAAUAUGUUUACUAAUAGAGAUUGUAAUUAAAUAAAAAAAUAAUAAAUAAAUGAAAAUAAUAAUUAAUAAUAAGAAAUAAUAUUAACAAAUACAUAAUAAGAUAAUAUAUAGUAAUAAUAAUAAGAAAAUGAAUAAUUUUAAAUAAAUGAUCAAAAAUUAUUUUAAGAUGAUCAAUCAAUUCUAAUGAAUGAUUAAUUUAAAUCUAAUUAGAACUAAUAAUGA